AUGGGUGCGCAGCGCAACCAAGCACUACCUAAUCCCCAGCCGUGGCUAGCACUCCAAAAGUUCCAGUGGGACCUACAUGUGUCUACGCGCACCGCCAGUCAACUACAAAGGGUUGCAGUGCAUAAGAGCAUCAAUUUACGGUAUGCAUGCCUUCAAGAGACAGAGACUCUGGCAGUCGCGCAUUCAUCGCCUUCAGCCGUCCAGAGCGUCUAUCCAGUGCAGGCAGCAUAUCUGCCCCAGCAUCAGCUGGAUGCUAGGGACUACUGGGACACCCUGCUCUCGCAUCAGAAGCCUGAAGAUGCUGACCUCGAACGUGUCACUCGUCUGCUUAGACUUCGCGAAAUCCAGUCCGAGGACAUUGAAAAUGACAGCGCAGCCGGUGAUACCCCCUUGCCUACUCCGGUGCAACUUUCGGUUGCUGGGGGAUCCCAGUCAAGUCAAGAUGAGACUGUGGACAAUUCAAGCUCGAUGGAGGACAUGGCGGCGACCUACAUGGAGCAGCCUAACCCAUUCGACGACAUGAGCAUACCAAUGGAUUUAGACGUUGCCGUCCCCUGCGGAAUCGACUCCAUGCAGGCGGAGGCUCCUCAUAAUGAUGGCGCAUCGCGCCAUGAUGAAGGCAAAUCAAUGGAGGGCGAGAGCCUCUACUUCAGAGACGACGAAAUAUUGUCAGGCACAGAGAAUACCGCCGGCCAAAUGCUCGCUGACUGGCUUGAAUCCAAUGAAUCAGACUCAGAGCUCCUCCCUGACGCGAAAUCUGAGAAUCCCGCAGCGUCUGAGAAUCUCGCAGGGUCCGAGAAAAGGUCUGAGAAUCUCUCAGACACGGCGACCUCAUCUGAAAUCAGUGACUACACUGACGACAUGGACAAUGGGCUCGACAUGCCAUUCUUGCCUCUAGACCAACCAGCUCCCCGCGCUCUUCGCUGGCCGUCUGCUGAAUGGAUUCGCGAGUACCCCGAUAAUGACGCUUGGUCGUCCAAUUUUUACGACUAUCUGUUCAGAGUUGAACAAAUUCGUCGAAGCAUCAAGUCAGAAUUGCAGCAACGGGACUUGGGGAAUGCUGGGAGCGCGGACAGCGCCAUGGCUGACGCAAGCAAACUGGCAGGGGCUGCGUAUGAAGAUAGGGGCAAGGACGAGGACAAUGUCGAUGGCCGAUUCGAUCUGCUCCAGAUGCAGAACACGUGGAACGCAGACAUCGCCGAAGAUGUGAUUGAAUUCUUCAACGAAGCUGGGCCCGAUGCCACGCUCAUAAGCGCUGCGCACCUGCGCCGCCUCAAAGCGACGGUCGCGCAGCUGGAAAUCAUGGUCAAUAUCUCGGCCACGUCCAUAGCCCGUCGUCAGAAGAUGCCUGCGAGCCGCAAUCAUCUCUUCCAAGGUCUGGCGAGCGCGCUCGGCGACAAGAGCCAUGUGAUGCAUUCUAAGGGUUUAGGCAGCACAUUGCGAGAAGUGGUCUCCGCGGAUGAGCCCUGGCCAGAGCCUUGGGCGGUAGCCCUGUUUCGCCCCGAAAGACGUAAACUUUUCGUCAUGGGCCAGAAAGAGUACCAGACUUCAAAGACAGACGACCAGGACGGGCUAUCUUUUGUUGACGCCGGAGAGGCUGAAUAG